CAUAACCGAUCCGCUAUCCUUCUUCUCCACCCUUAUGGCAGAUGUAGCCAUUAGUGUUCGGAAGAAGUUUCUACUUCGUAGAGGGAGGUUUGGAUUCCCAAGUUCGCUUCAUGUUUUUAUCUUCUUUCAAAUUCUUUUUCUUUCUUUAACCCAAAAAAGUUCCUGACUGUCAGACGAUUCCCAUUUGAAAUCUUCUUCUUGCGUUUUUUUAUACGAUAGACGAGUAUUGUAAAUGAAUCAAAUCUAUCAAUUAGAACAGGAAUUAUGCGAGGUAUUCGCUGUAUCUUCGAUUAUAUGUUAUAUCUUCUGUGAGAGAAUUAAAGUGUAACAAUGGCGAGCUCGAUGCUUCUGCUCUUCUUCUCCGUUUGCUGUUUGGGAUCGUUGGUGUCCGGCGCGACGAACCCAAAGGAUUUCGCCGUCCUCGACGAGUUUCGAAAGGGCCUUAACAAUCCCGAGCUGCUGAAAUGGCCGACCUCAGGAGACGACCCCUGCGGUCCUCCGCUAUGGCCUCAUGUGUUCUGCUCGGGCUCUCGAGUGACGCAGAUCCAAGUCCAGAACUUGGGUCUUAGUGGCCAAUUACCCAAGAAUUUCAACCAGCUCUCCAAUCUGAUAAAUCUCGGGUUUCAAAGGAACAAUUUUUCCGGCCCGCUUCCAACCUUCAGCGGCCUCUCCAAUUUACAGUACGCAUAUCUCGUCGGCAACCAGUUCGAUACCAUACCCUCCGAUUUUUUCUCCGGGCUCACAAGCUUGCUUGAAAUCGCUUUGGAUCAAAAUCCUUUGAAUAAAACAUCUGGCUGGGCGAUCCCUCAGGACUUGCAGGCCUCUACCCAGUUGAGGAAUUUGUCUUUGAUCCAAUGCAAUGUGGCGGGCAAGCUGCCGGAUUUUUUGGGCACAAUGCCAAUGUUGAGUACCUUGAAGCUCUCUUACAAUAACCUCUCCGGUGAGAUACCAGAGAGCUUCGCAGGCUCUUCGUUGCAGACCAUUUGGCUUAAUAAUCAGGAAGGAGCCGGACUUACAGGUCGGCUGGACGUGAUUGCAUCCAUGGUUUCUGUAACCGAAGCCUGGUUGCAUGGAAAUAGCUUCAAUGGUCCAAUCCCCUCUGGAAUUGGGGCUUGCACUUCUCUGACACGGCUAUGGCUUAACAACAACCAUCUUGUUGGCCUGCUACCGGAAGAUUUGGCAACUCUACCUCAUCUCCAGUCUCUGAAAUUGGACAACAACAAUUUGAUGGGUCCAAUACCAAAGGUCAAGUUUGCGAAUUUCACUUAUGCCUACAAUUCUUUUUGUGAUUCGACUCCUGGAGUUUCCUGCUCGCCUGCGGUCACUGUGCUUCUUGAAUUCCUUGUUGGUUUGAAUUACCCAUUAGAACUGGCAUCAUCAUGGGGAGGAAAUGAUCCAUGCACCCGUGAUUGGUUCGGAGUUUCCUGUUCUGAUGGCAAGGUUUCUGUUAUAAAUUUACCUAAUUUAAAACUAAGUGGAACAAUUAGCCCCUCGCUUGGCAAGUUGGGUUCAUUGGUGGAUAUCAGACUUGGGGGCAAUAACUUGAGUGGAACUAUACCUGCAAAUCUUACUGGUUUGACAAUGCUGAGGAUGCUAAAUGUUUCUGCUAAUAAUUUAGGCCCCCCUGUUCCCAAAUUUAGCCGCAGUGUGACACUUCUUACUGAUGGAAACCCAUUGUUGAAGAAUUCUCCUCCUGCAGCUUCUCCUACUGGAAAUUCGCCUUCUAAUGAACCACCUUCUGGUUCAGGAUCCGGGAAUUCUACUUCUCCUUCCCCACCUCAUAGUGUUCCAAGCAGUGCUGCAGCAGAUGAUAUGAAAAGCCGGCAUGGUUCCGAUAUAUCGAAAAUCUUGAUCAUUGCAGUUUUAGCUGCCGUUGUAAUUUUGGUGGUUUUGUUUGUAGUUGUCCUAUUCUGGUGCAAGCAGAAGGGUAAAGAUAGAUUUGUGGCAUCAGAAUCUGUUGUUAUGCACCCAAAAAAUUCUUCAGACUCAGAUAAUCAUAUCAAAUUAACUGUGACUAAUAGUUCUAAUGGCAGCACAUCCAUAAGUAAUUUGCUGGUUGGAAGUGGAAGCAUUAUGAGCAGAGCACUCUCAAGUGAUGAAGGGAACUAUACUAUUUCUGUUCAGCUCCUUCGCAGCUCGACCAAUAAUUUUUCUUCGGAAAAUGUCGUUGGGCGGGGAGGUUUUGGGGUUGUUUACAAGGGUGAGUUACAUGAUGGAAUGCUGAUAGCAGUGAAAAGAAUGGAGGCUGCUACAUUAAGCAAUAAAGCUCUGGAUGAGUUCCAAUCUGAAAUUGUUGUUCUUUCUAAAGUCAGACAUCGUAAUUUGGUUUCUUUGAUGGGUUACUCUGUGGAAGGCCAUGAAAGGCUUCUUGUCUAUGAAUACCUCCCGAAUGGGGCUUUAAGCAAGCAUCUCUUCCAGUGGAGGAAUCUGAACUUGGAGCCUCUGUCAUGGAAGAAGAGGCUUAAUAUUGGAUUGGAUGUAGCUCGAGGAAUGGAAUAUCUUCAUAGCUUGACUCAAGAAAGCUUCAUUCACAGAGACCUCAAGUCUUCAAAUAUUUUACUUGACGAUGAAUACCGAGCUAAAGUUUCUGACUUCGGAUUGGUGAAGUUAGCUCCCAAUGGUAAUAACUCAGUGAUUACUAGGCUGGCUGGGACAUUUGGAUAUUUAGCUCCUGAAUAUGCUGUGACUGGCAAAAUCACAACAAAAGCUGAUGUCUACAGCUUUGGAGUGGUUUUGAUGGAGCUAAUUACAGGCAUGGCAGCCCUUGAUGAGGGCCGUCCAGAAGAAACCCGUUACCUUGCCUCGUGGUUUACAGAAAUAAAAUCUGACAAAGCGAAGCUUUAUGAUGCCAUUGAUGCCGCACUUGAUAACAAGGAGGAAAUUUUUGAGAGCGCGGUGACUGUGGCUGAGCUAGCAGGCCACUGCGCAGCACGGGAACCACAUCGUCGUCCUGAAAUGGGCUAUGCUGUGAAUGUCUUGGCUUCAUUGGCAAACAAAUGGAAGCCUGCAGAUGAUGAGCAGGAGGAAUAUUUUGGCAUUGAUCUGCAUAAACCUCUUAUUCAGUUAGUGAAAGGUUGGCAAGAUAGUGAAAUGACUUACUCAUCUGCAGUCGAUGAUAGCAAAGGAAGCAUACCAUCUAAGCCUGCAGGAUUUGCAGAAUCCUUCACAUCUGCUGACGGCCGGUGAAUGUGCUUGGUAAUCCCUUUUUAUUAGUGUCAAUAAGUUUUGUUCAUAUAUGUGCUGGUACAUUUUGCUGCAAUCCAUAUAUACCCUUUGCGUUUAUUAUCAUAAUAACUUUUUUAAAUUUAGAUGACUAUUUGAGUUUGAGGAUAGGAAUGUUCCACGCCAUGAAUGAACUUUAUUGCCUUUGUUUGCUAGCAUGAUUGAAUCUUUAGUUUGCUGCAUUUUGUUUCUUGUGUCAAAUAUGGUGCCAAUUAGAAUCUGUAAUGAGCCAGUCCAGUUUUACUGAAAUUAUUGCAGAUAAGACUUACUUGGAGUA